CAGCCGAAACGAAAACACACACACAUACAAACAAAGAACUUUACUUUCAACGCACCGAAACACAGAUUUGUGUAAAGCCAAGAGCAACAUUUAGAGCCCCAACACCUCGCAAUAAAAUGGGUAAUUAGUGCCGGCAAGUGUAAAUUCGCACCGCAAAAAAGUCAAACCAGUUCCUAUUUCACGCUGUGUCGACAUUCGUACGAACGUUUCGGCUUCCGGCACGACAUGUAUCGCGAGUAGAACGGAGGCCUUGCGGGACCACUACUGCGGGACAUCCCCGGACGAGCGCGGACACCACCCGGCAUUCGGUGCUAAUUGUGUGUGAUCAUUGUUUCGCAAUCGGUUCGAUCCGGCUACCGUUUGUGGAGUGCGUGUGUGUGUGUGUCGAAUAGGAAGGAAAGCGGCCGCGGAAAAUGGGCGAUGCCGGAUGUGUACACUUUGCGUCGUACGUGAAGGAGUACGGGUACGAGCCGUACAGCUACGUGCACGGGUACUUCAGUGCGUGCGUCAACAAGGAGGCCCGGCUGCGGAAGGCCCUCUCCUGUCUGUGCUACAAGUGUGGCAGCUCCGGGCCGCAGCUGUACUGCUGCCUGCACUGCAUCUACUUCGCCUGCAAGGGCGCCCACAUUACCGAGCACUACAAGCACACGAAGCACUUCAUGGCGCUGGAACUGUGCUACGGCAUGCUGUACUGCUACCAGUGCCGGGACUUUAUCUACCACAGCAAAUGCCAGACGAUCGCCGAGCGGCACCUCUGUCUGGAGGCGCGCAGUCUAGACAAAAGCCUGUCCUGGCGUCCGUGGAGUCCCUCGCGGCUCGAGAUCGAGCUGCUGCUGAAGAACCCGAAGCGCCGGCACGUAACCGCACUCACCAGCAUCGGGCUGCGCGGGUUGCUGAAUCUCGGCUCGACCUGCUUCAUGAACUGCAUUGUGCAGGCGCUCAUCCAUACGCCCCUGCUGCGCGACUACUUCCUUGCCGAGCUGCACGAGUGUACGGCGAAAACGGCCGCCAAGUGUUUGGUGUGUGAAGUGUCGCGGCUGUUUCAGGAAUUUUACUCCGGCGCCCGAGGUCCACUGUCGCUGCACCGGUUGCUGCAUCUGAUCUGGAACCAUGCGCGGCAUUUGGCCGGGUACGAGCAGCAGGACGCGCACGAGUUCUUCAUCGCCACGCUGGAUGUGCUGCACCGGCACUGCAAAACGUCGAUGAAGGAGCAGGCAGCAAAGGCGGCCGCGGCUGCAGCAGCGGCAGCAGCAGCCGCGACCGAUAAAUCGAAAUCCUCCUCCUCCUCCACACAGCCAAACUCGCAUCAACCAAUGCAGCAUAGCGGCUCGAACUAUCUUCAGCAGCAAGGUGUGGCACAGCAGGACGGCGCGGGUGCGCUGGCACAGUCCGGCCCGAACGCGUUACCACUCUCGACGGCUGGGAAUCAGUCACAAGGGGGUGCAAACACUGCCACGGGCACAGCGAACCAAGCGGAGCCAAACCAGACACAGUGCAACUGUAUUAUUGAUCAGAUCUUCACCGGCGGUCUGCAGAGCGAUGUCGUGUGCCAGGCGUGCAACGGUGUCUCGACCACGAUCGAUCCGUUCUGGGACAUUUCGCUCGAUCUGGGCGAAUCGUCCAACGGGCAGGGUGGGUACGGUGGACCGCCCCGGUCCCUGAUCGACUGUCUAGAGCGAUUCACCCGGGCGGAGCAUCUCGGCUCGAGUGCAAAGAUCAAAUGCAACAAGUGCAACAGCUACCAGGAGUCGACCAAGCAGCUGUCCAUGCGCACGUUACCAAUCGUCGCCAGCUUCCAUCUCAAGCGCUUCGAACACUCUAGUCUGAUCGAUAAGAAAAUUUCCACCUUUAUCUCAUUCCCUGCCGAGCUCGAUAUGACGCCGUUUAUGUCGCAGAUAAUGUCUGACCAGCAGCAACAGCAAUCGGCUGUUCCUCAUUCACCGUCGUCCUCGUCGUCGAGUUUUAACGAGCGAACUGGGGGAGCAAACGGUUCCUCUACCGGCACGAGUUUAAACAGUGACUCGACGGCACGCCUGCCGGUAGACAAGAAUACGGCCGACUUUCGCUAUUCGCUGUACGCCGUCAUCAAUCACGUCGGGACGCUCGAUGCGGGCCACUACACGGCGUACGUGCGCCACCAGAAAGACAUUUGGGUCAAGUGCGAUGACCACAUUAUAACCACUGCCACACUCCAGCAGGUUUUGGACAGCGAAGGAUACCUUCUGUUCUAUCAUAAGAAAAUACUGGAGUACGAGUAAAAAGCCGCCCACCCCGUUGGGGAGAGGAGCAGCGGCAAAACGGGUGGGCAAGGGUGGGGCAUUACCGUAGUGACUGACGGGAAUACACAUACAAGACUGGUCAAAAGGCACCCGGUAGGAUCAUGUAAAAAAAAACACAGAAUGGAAAUAGGAAUUCAGGGUAUCGGGGAAGAAACGUUGUUUCGGAAAGCGUUAAUCUAACGUUACUUAAUUACCGUGUACGAUAGCUGAAAGUGUCACCCGCGUGGCCGUAAUUCGAGCGGGAAGCAGGAAUUGAAGAUUAGGGGGAAGAAUAAGCCGACGAAUCGAUCAAAAGACCAUUUUAGCAAGGAAGUCGAUCCGACCAUGACCAUUAACAGAGUAGGCCGCGACACAAAUACACACAGAGAGAGUGAGAGAAAGAGAGGAAAAUACAUGCCAUAAAGCGUGUUAAAGUUUAGUUUAUAUAUUUAUUUACGUGAUUUAGUUUUGGUCGUCCCUUAUUGUUUCCUUCCUAUCCCCUCCUUCUCUCUUCGAUACACACCGUAAGGUAAUGUGCGUGUGUGCUGGUUAUUGGUUUAAAUCGUGUUUUUUUUUAUUUGGCGAUCGAUUGACGAACGAGUAAAAACUGAUGACGACGGAUGAUGCACUAAGGAGGGGGAGGGAGGAAGGGAGGAGAGUUAGGGAUGACAAAAAUGUCGUGGUUGGAACGGGGAGGGAUCGGGGAACAGGGAGAAGAGUGAUGUGUGGGAUGGAAAAUAUAACAAAACGGAAAACGAAUCUUCCCUUUAAUUCGUUCCCUCUUUGCGGAGAGAGAGAGAGAGAGAGAGAGAGAGAGAGAGAGAGAGAGAGA